AUGCGCCGCGCUGAAAACCAAGCCCACCACCAACUGCUGGUGCUGCCCUACCGUCUUGAAGCAUUGGCAAUGAUGCUCCGCCUGGAACAAAACACUCAGCCGCUGAUGCUGUUGAUUGAACAACAGCCGGAGAUUAAGCUCGGCAUGAGACCGCUUUUGCUCGAUUUCCUCAUGGAGGUGAUCUGCAUCUUGCUGUUGCUGCCGCUGACGUUUCCUUUGACGGUUAACUUGAUUGAUAGAUACUGUCUGACUCGGAUUGUCAAAAAACAACACUACCAGUUGUUGGGGCUCACGUGCUUGUGGAUCGCGUGUAAGAACUUGGAUGCCAAGUACAAGAUCCCCACGUUACACGACUUGCGCAAGAUCUGUGUCGACUACUACUACCCGGAGUUAUUUUUGGAGAUGGAGAAACACGUGCUUAAGUCGUUGGAAUGGCGCGUGUCUGGUCCCACCGUCGACCAGUACGUCGAUGUGUACGUCGAUAUCUUAGCCCACCACCCGCUGCUGGCGAAAGCGUUGGCGGCUAAGAAGAUGGUGGUGAGCCAAGUGCUGGUAUUUUUGGCGGAGUUGUUUCAAUUUUACCCCAAUUUGUACUUUGAAUACCCUCCGUCGAAAUUGGCGCUUAUCGCGGUGUUGACGGCGCUCCUAACCACGAACGCCUCGGUCAACGUCGCUACUUGUCUCACCACCAUCAACCUGGUGGUGAAAUCGGAGCAAUUUGCCGACGCCGCCGACUUGGACUUGCCCAGAACCGAGGAUAUCCUCACCCCGCACCAAUUCCGCACCGUGUUCACGCUGCAAUUCUUCAAACUGGUGGCGAAAAUGGUGCUGCUGCCCCCCAAGGCGCUCACGAUCAAAUACUUUGGCGACGCCACCAAGUUCCCUCACUUUAAAGGUGUCGUCGACGCCAUGCUGCGGGCGUUGCACGGGCUCGUCGACCCUCCCGUUACUCCUAAGGGGGUGACGGCGCCGCCGCAAUUGCCCCUCACCCCGGUGCUGAACCUGACGCUGCCCAAGCUGGAGCUCCCUCUCAGUCCGAUGACGUUGGGGUCGCGCAAGCGCAAUGCCGACGACGCCCACGGCCCCUCGGUGAAGCGGGUGAAGCAGGCGUGGCUUAAUGUAUAG